AAUCCUGGAGCAAAUAUCUCUUCUCACAAGAAAGGUUCUUUCUCAUCGGAAGAUAGAGCCGAGGAUCCAUAUUCCACGCGAAGGAAGGUAGCAACCCUAAACUGGUAAGCUACCGAAUCUUUCUCCGUCAGUGUCCAACCCAAUGACCUCGAAGCUGAUUGCUUCCGGUCUCCGCCAACAACUCACCAAAUUCGCCCAUCAAUUCCGCCGUCAACAUCUGUCCACAGCGGCGGCGGCGGCGACUGCUGCGGCGGAGCCCCAACACCAUGAGGAUUCAACGGGAAUCACUAUGAAAGGUGUGAAAAUUUCUGGAAGGCCUCUUUAUCUGGAUGUGCAAGCAACUUCUCCCGUAGACCCUCGAGUGCUCGAUGCGAUGCUUCCCUACAACAUGUCUCGCUUCGGUAAUCCUCACUCUCGUACGCAUAUGUAUGGCUGGGAAUCCGAUUUGGCAGUCGAAAACGCUCGCGCUCAAGUAGCAUCUCUGAUUGGCGCCUCCCCAAAAGAAAUUGUGUUCACCUCUGGCGCAACGGAGUCCAAUAACAUCUCCGUAAAGGGGGUCAUGCAUUUCUACAAGGACAAGAAAAGGCAUGUGAUAACAACGCAGACGGAGCACAAAUGUGUGCUUGACUCGUGCCGCCAUCUUCAGCAGGAGGGAUUCGAUGUCACGUAUCUUCCAGUUGGGUCCGAUGGAAUCAUUGACCUGGAGAAGCUCAGGUCGGCUAUUAGGCCUGAUACAGGUCUUGUAUCUGUCAUGGCCGUUAAUAACGAGAUUGGGGUAGUUCAGCCUGUUGAGGAAAUUGGCAAAAUUUGCAAGGAGUUUAAUGUUCCCUUUCAUACCGACGCUGCACAAGCUUUGGGAAAGAUUCCAGUUGAUGUAGAGAAGUGGAACGUAAGUUUGAUGUCAUUGAGUGGGCAUAAAAUUUAUGGGCCAAAGGGUGUUGGAGCAUUGUAUCUUAGGAGGAGACCAAGGAUUCGAGUUGAGCCCCAAAUGAAUGGUGGUGGACAAGAGAGAGGAAUUCGGAGCGGGACAGUGCCUACACCUUUGGUUGUGGGGAUGGGCGCUGCGUGUGAGCUGGCAAUGAAGGAAAUGGAUUAUGAUCAUAAGAGAAUUUCUGCUUUGCAAGAACGAUUAUUGAAUGGGAUUAGAGAAAAAUUGGAAGGGGUGGUGGUGAAUGGAAGCAUGGAGAGGCGCUACACUGGAAAUUUGAAUUUGUCAUUUGCAUAUGUUGAAGGGGAGAGUUUACUGAUGGGGCUGAAGGAGGUGGCCGUCUCGAGUGGCAGUGCUUGCACUAGUGCGAGUUUGGAGCCCUCGUAUGUUUUGAGGGCACUGGGAGUAGAUGAGGACAUGGCUCAUACUUCUAUUAGAUUUGGUAUUGGCAGGUUCACUACAGAGGCAGAGAUUGACAGGGCAGUCGAGCUCACGGUUCACCAAGUGCAGAAGUUGAGAGAAAUGAGCCCGCUUUAUGAAAUGGUGAAGGAAGGCGUCAACAUCAAGGAUAUUCAGUGGGCUCAACACUGAUUAUGUUGCGAUGAUCGCAUAGAUUGCUCGGGCAUUGUGGGACGUGGAUUAUGUCCCCUGGAGACAGUCAAAUAGUUUGUCUGCUCAACCAAAUAAAUAGCUAUUGUUCAUCCAGGUAUCCCUAUAGAAUGGAACGUAGAAUGUGAAAUCGGUGUAAUACUUUUGAUCUUGGCUUACGCAUGGCUGUGGAUAAUGUGUUCUGAGUAAUGAGUGUAUUUUAUUGGCAGAUACUGAACUUAGAGGAUAAUGACAUGACAUGGACAACAGAUGAUCUAAUUUUGACCGCCUUUUCUUGUUUCAUUCAUGAUGGAUCUUUGUGUGUCUGCCAUAUUAUAUUUGGAGUUUGAAAUUUAUUCCAUAUCUCAAUUGAAGAGUUUGGUACCCUAUAAA